AUGAUGCACGCGAAGACCGACUCCGAUGUCACGAGCAUGGACACGUCGUCAUCGCCGAAACGCGCCGCGUACUACGUGCAGAGCCCCUCGCGGGACUCUCACGACGGGGACAAGUCCUCCACGAUGCAGGCGACGCCGGCGUGUAACAGCCCCGUGGACUCGCCGUCGCACCACUCCUACGGCCACCACUCUAGGGCAUCCUCUUCGAGCAGGGUGUCGGGGUCCUACAACAUUGCCACGUGGGGGAGGAAAGGAAACCGCAAACACGGCGGCGACAAAGGGUGGCCGGAGUGCAAGGUGAUCGACGAAGAGGAAGGGUAUUAUGGGGAGAGAAAAGGGUUGUCUAGGAGGACUCAGAUCUUCGUUGGGGUUGUUGGGUUUGCCUUGAUUUUCACUGUGUUUUGUUUGAUCAUUGCUGGGGCUGCCAGGCCUUUCAAAGUUCGUGUCAGUGUUAAGAGUUUGACAGUACACAACUUCUACUUCGGAGAAGGGGCAGACAUGACAGGAGUACCAACCAAGAUGCUAACAGUAAAUUGCUCAGUAAGAAUGACAUUGUAUAACCCUGCACCGUUUUUCGGCAUUCAUGUCUGCUCCAAAGCAGUGAAUCUUAUGUAUUCAGAGAUUACAGUUGCAACUGGUGAGCUGAGGAAGCAAUAUAUACAUAGAAAGGGUACACUGCCAGUGUCUGUGAAUCUGCAAGGAAGCAAGGUUCCGUUAUAUGGUGCUGGUGCAAGUUUAACUGACUUGGUGGACAAUGGAAAAGUACCAGUGACUCUUAUCUUUGAAGUUAGAUCAACAGGGAAUGUUGUUGGGAAGUUGGUAAGGUCCAAACAUAGAAGGCAUGCCUCUUGCUCAGUGGCUAUUGAUUCCCACAACAAUGGACCUAUCAAACUUAAAGAGAAUGCAUGCACAUACAAUUGA